AUGUAUUUGAAUAAAGGGGCUGUUAAUGCUCCAUUUAAACCGCCGCGCAUGGCUGGCCGAUCCUCCGGUCUGGAGCCCGGUCGUCAACUGAAGAGGCCACGGGUUCAACCAGUCGCGGAACAGUUACCUGUGUCUACACAGCCUGUGCAUGCUUCCGGAACACGCGUUUUUAAUGUUCUAUAUCGCAAGAAAACUGGCAAAAAGAAUAAAACAUGGGAUGGUGAUGGAACUCUCAGCGUUUCAGGCAAAAAUAUGACUUUAAAGGGCGAUUUUUCAGGAGCCAAAGAGAUCGCAUCAGGAACAGGUGUGAUAUCGAUGGAGUCUGUAUUCAGCCUUGGAAGUUAUGAAAUUGAGAUAGAGGGGGAGAUUUCAGGAAAGGGAGAAGCGCCAAGUGAUGUCACUAUGGAGCGAGUUGUUCGUAGACCGGUAGCAAUGUCGUUGAAGCCUCUAGUUAGACAAUUCAAGCCGGUCGUUGCAUCACAGCCUCUCAAAUCCAAAAAGGAUCCGUUGCAUGAUCCACUUCGCGAAGGCGCGCUGGUGAUGAAGAGACCUGAAACAGGUGCGAGUUUGACGGAUGUGGUGGUAGAUCCCAUUCUUUGCGACCAUCUGCGACCCCAUCAGCGUGAGGGUGUUCAGUUUCUUUAUGAGUGUCUCAUGGACAUGAAAGGUGCUGGCGAUACAGGUGCUUUGCUAGCGGACGAAAUGGGAUUAGGAAAGACCCUGAUGACCAUCACAACGAUAUGGACCUUACUGCGACAAACAGCAUAUGCCGACAAGUCUCCACCAGUGCGAAAAGUGUUGAUCGUGUGUCCCGUAACUCUGAUAGGCAAUUGGCAGAGAGAAUUCAAAAAGUGGCUUGGGCGCAAUAGGAUCAGUGUUCUGGCAAUAAAAGGCAACCAAAGCACAGCCAAGGAGAAACAGGAUGUGGUCAACUUUGGAAGAACCAGGGUGUAUCAGGUAAUGAUCAUAGGCUAUGAGAAGCUCUUGACAUUAGCCAACGAGGUUGAGACCAUAAACUUCGACCUACUAGUCUGUGACGAGGGACAUAGGCUCAAAAGUGGGCAGAAUAAAGCCCUGAAGUUUUUGCAGAGUAUGAGCAUAGAGAGAAGGAUUGUUCUCACUGGAACACCAAUUCAAAACGACUUGCAAGAGUUUUUCAAUAUCAUCAAUUUUGUUAAUCCGGGCAUACUAGGGACAUUUGGUGCAUUCCAAAAAAAAUUCAUGAGACCAAUUUUGAGGGCCAGAGAAGUGAAUUGUACCAAUAGAAGUGUCAUAAAAAGGGGUGACGAAGUGUCCAGAGAACUUAUCGAUAUCACCAAAACAUUCAUGCUCAGAAGGACCUCGGAUAUUCUCACCAACUAUCUUCCACCCAGACGAGACUUCGUGCUUUUUGCUCCACCAACCAAGUUUCAACUACAAUUGUGUGAUAUGGUUAUGGGAACGAAGAAUUAUGAGAGGUUAAUGAAGCAAAAUAAUGCUAACGAAUCGCUUGGGCUUAUCUCUCUUUUCCGCAAGAUAUGCAGCUCACCAAGUCUCCUAAAGGGAGAUAGUAUGUUGAGAAGCCUUUUUGAAGGCAGUGAGAUCGAGAACGGUUUGGCUAGAAAAUCUGCCAGUGGGAAGAUCAUUAUUCUUACUGAGUUAUUAAAUCAGAUCAAAUCUGCUACUGACGACAAAAUUGUGGUGGUCUCCAACUACACUCAAACCUUGGAUGUGAUCCAGGACUUGCUGCCUGGGCUUCGUCUUUCCUAUUCGCGAUUGGACGGCUCAACUCCUGCAAAACUGAGAGAUAAAGUGGUUUCUGAUUUCAACAAUUCUUCCACUUCUUCGUGUGCUAUUCUGUUGCUUUCGGCCAAGGCUGGUGGAGUUGGCUUGAAUUUGAUUGGUGCUAAUCGACUCAUCCUCUUUGACAACGAUUGGAAUCCCUCAGUGGAUCUACAGGCAAUGGCCCGAGUACAUAGGGAUGGCCAGAAGAAACCUGUUUAUGUGUAUAGACUUCUCACAACCGGUUGUCUGGACGAGAAAAUCUUCCAACGGCAGAUGAUGAAGCUCAAUUUGAGUUCCAAGUUUUUGGAUGCGAAUAAUGACUCGAACGACGAUGUUUUUGACUAUAGUGACUUGAAAGAUUUGUUCACCAUUCAAAGAGACAUCAACUCCAAUACACAUUCUCUAAUGGAGUGUAAUUGUUCUGGUAUAGGAGAAGAACUGGUGAUUGAUCAGGAAAGCGAGUCCGAAGAGGAAGACGAUUCCAGUAAUGGCUGGAUUUCUGCAUUUGACUUCAAGCAACUUUCUCAAGAACCUACCAAGAAGCGAAAUGCAAUCAAGAAGUGUAUGGCUGAAUUCAGACAUGUUAAUCCAAUGGCUGUGGAUGAUGAGUUUGAGAGUGGUGACACUGUUAUAGACUCUCUGUUGAAGCAAACCCGAGAGAACGCUUCGUUGAUGACCUUCAUGUUCAUGAAACUUUCUGCUGGUUAA